AUGCCGGGUGACGUUGAAACAAUUGUCAGAAUCAACGCCGGCCACAGCGACAUAUGCCGCUUUGAUACUUCAAUGCCGGUCGAUAAGGACAACUAUAAACAAGCGAUACAUGGUUUGAAAAAGCUUUCGAAUGCCGCUUGCAAUCAUCUAAGGGAUAUCCUGCCUGCUCCUCCGGACACUUUGCCCUCUUUCCCCACAUCUGCCGCUGAGCUGUCCGGAACACAUCAAGGCCCAUUGAUAGUACAUCAAGGCGAAAACAACGUGCUUGCAUACACGUUGUUCCCAGAUAAUCCACGUGUUCAGCAGGUGCUUUACGUGGUCGCGGCAGAGGCUGCUCGCAAAGGGGCGUUUGCAAGCAACGUUCUGGAGAGAAAAGACUCGUCUCUACCAUCAUUCAUUAAAUCCUUCGUUCACUAUCGCUACGACGAGGCGUACGAAGAAAUCAACCAGAGAAAGCAUCCUGAAUCGUGUAGCUGGAUCUUUCGCACUCCUGGCAUGGAAUGGUGGAUGAACAGCAAGACGCAUUGUGCUCUGUGGUUCACCGGGUUUCCCGGCGUUGGAAAGUCUACUCUGGCGAGCCAUCUGGUGGAGACACUCAGUUCAAGCCACCCAACGAUGCAGAAGAGCAAGACUCUCUAUGCUUUCUGUCACCAUCAUGAGAACCACACUGGAAGCAUGGUCCUCUCUAUUGCAAUUCACCAGAUGAUCAUGGAAGAACCGACUCUACAACGUUUCGCAUUUGAUCUGGACGAUCAAGAAUGCUUCAACCCUGCCAUCAAACCCAGGGAUAGACCUUUGCAGCCCUUGUGGCGUCUUUUGUGCAAGUUGAUACAAAAGUCCGGGGUACAAGUUGUAUUCUUCGUCAUUGAUGCUUAUGACUUGAUAGACCAUGAUGACCAGAAGAAGCUGAAAGACCUUUUUCGCCUUUAUUUGAGUAGUAGCGAGCCUGGAAAACCGCUUCUGAAGGUUUUCAUGACAAGCAUCCCCUUUCAGCACAUAAUGGCAUUGCAGUCUGAAUGGGACGCCCGGUCGCCUAAAACCCUCCAAACCAUUGCCGCCUCAGAUCACGAGAACGAGAUCGGCAUAGAUAUUGAUAAAUUCACGAAACGCGAAAAAGAGAGAAUUAGGAGGCUUUAA